GAUGAUGCUGAGGGGUGGGGUUAGAGGCACAGCAAUGGGGAGGGUGUGAGGGAGGGAUGACGGAGAAAAAAGCAGCCAGGGCAGGAAGACAGCAGCGUUCUGCUGUGGUUUUGCUGCCUUUCAGCCUCCAGCUCGUUUUCUCCAGCCAAACUGCACAGAUUCUACAUCUGUUUCCUUUCACCUGCUGAAGGAGCAAAAUUAAGCCAGGAUGUGAUCAAUAUGUUGAAUAAACCUGACUGGGAGCUCCCUUGCCAGAAAUCCCUUUUCCAAAAUUGUAAAAUUCAUCCAUUCUCCUUGUGCUAAACACCCACAAUGCACUCUACCCGGCCCUCUGUUCCCCCACGGCCGCGUCGAUUUGACAGUGGCAGACGCACCGAAGCUAAACCAGCCAAUCCUGUGACCAGAAGGGAGGACAAAAACAGCAUAAACAACAAUUCCUCCUCCCCUCGUCGUGUUACUCGAGGACCUCCUGAGCCUUCCAGGUUCAAGAGCGUAGGCCAGAGUCCACGUUCCACAGUGACUCAGCCUAAACUGAUCCGGCAGCAGAAGAACAGUGCCCAACCAGCGUCGGGGAACUCAAAACCAAAAGCUGGACAUGCUGCAUCAAACCAGGGCCCGGCUGUUGUGGAUCCAAACUGUAAUGAACCCAGUCUGCCUUGCCUAUGUUGUGAUGGCCACUCACUUCAGGAUAGCAAUAGCCUAUUCAAUCACAACCAUAACAACAAUAACACUGUGGCCCUCAGGCAACAGCUAAAGCUAGCACCUUCACCUCAUAAAGACAAGGAGGCAGAGAAGAAGCCAGAAAUAGGAAAGAAAGCCAAAUGUAAGCCAGAGCAGAAGCAGCCAGUGGCUAUUCCUGUGGCCAACCAAGUUGAGGACAGAGAGGAGGAAAAUGGCAAUGCAGAAGAAAAGAAUGAAGAUGAUCACAAAGAAGAUGAUGAUGGUGCUAAGGUAAAUGUGGUAGUAGACGAGAAUGGCAAUGGUAACAACGAUGUUGUAGCUGCUGCUGAUGUAGUUGUUGGUGAUGAUGCUGAUGAUGACGAAGAAGACGACGACGACGAUGACAAUACUCUUGUACCUUCCUGCUGCGAUUGUCCAGCAUCUAUGCUGGACUUCUCUCUCACUUCUUCUACCUCAUCUUCGUCCACCUCCAUUAGCAGCUGCUCAGAUCUGGAGUCUGAUUGCCCAGAUACCUUUUCAGUGUCGUUGCAGGAGCAGGAGCAGGAGCAGGAGCAGCAGCAGGAGCUUUAUCCUCCACCUCAUUCCCCAGUGCCCAAUGCUUUUCAGCCUUGCUCCCUGCCACUGGACCUCAGCACUUCCUUGAGACCACCACCAUCUCCAUGCUCCCCUGAUGAGGGCUACCCUUCAGCUCCAUCCUCCCCUUCUUCUGAUUUCAUGGAGAGCAAAGAACCUGAUGAACAAAAGGCAAUCAAAGUGGAUCUUCUGAAUUUCUUGGAUUCCAUAGAUGAAUUAGGCAAAGUCGAUCGCUUCUAUCGAAUUGUUCAGGUGGCACAUUGGGAGCUUGAGGGCGACUUGGAUUUGAGAGAUAGGCUGGUUCACCAGGAGAGGCUUGAGAAAGUCAACAAGCAAGUGAAGCUUGUCCAUCUGGAAAGACUUCAGGAAGCUGGACUUGAUUUUGAUGAAGAAGAUCUCUCGGGAGUGUUGGAUGAGAUGGGCAACAUCGACAUUUCCUGGAAGAUGUACAAAAGUGACAAAUCGUGUGAUUCCCAGGAAUACAGCGACGCAGGGGUGGAUAUGACAGCCCCAUCUGACCUUGAUGAACCUCCAGCACCAGAUUCCCUUGUGCCAUCUCCUGUGGAACCACCUCCAAGGCCUCCAAAACCUCCAGCAAGGCACAUUAGUGCCCAUCCAGAAUUGCACACAUAUAUGAACAUCAGUGGGAACACACCUUCAGUUUCUUCUGCCUCCUCCCCAGUUAAGUCUUUUAGUCUCUCGGUUUCUGCAUCCCCAUCUUCUUCAGCAACAAAGCCCCCUGCUUUGCCUCCUCCACCAUCACAGCCUGUACCUUAUUUCACCCUUUAUUCUGAUUCACCCUCCUUACCUUCUCCCACUCCACCAAUUCCACCUCCAAGAAGGCGCCAUAAAGCCCGUCUAGAAGCCCAAAGGCUUGCUGAGCUUGAGAAAGAGAAGACACCUCAAUCUCUUCCUGCUCCAACCUCCAGACCCCCACCUUUACCACCCCCACCGGCCAUCCAGCCUUCUCCUCCUGCUAUUCCACCUCCUCCAUCACUCCCACCUCCUCCAUCUUUCCACGAUCUGGACGUGGAGAUUCGUAAGCUGCUGGCACUGGCAGGGAUCACCCAGGCUGAGCUGCUAAGACUUAGCCCUGAGUUGGGCGUCUGUGUGGAUGGCAUCUUGGAGGAAGGAGAGAUAUCUGAGAUUUCCAAGACGAGCAAGGAGGAGAGAGAGGAUGCAGGCAAGGGGAGCGAUUUCAACUGGAGAGAAAGAAACAAGCUUGAUGUGAAAGAAGUAGAUGCAGUCAGUAAGGAGGAAGAUGAAAAGAAAGAAGGAAGCAAGGAGCCCUUCAGAACAACAUCCUUCACAGAGAUGGCCAGGCGGCGCAAGCGAAACGGAGGGAGCGGUAACUCUAGCUGCGGCUGUGGUUUGGGGGAUGAUGUGGGCUUGACUGGUGACUCAUAUUACAGCACUGAUAUUAGCAAUAAGGAGCUCACUAAUGCUAGCUUUUGCAGUUUUGAUUAUGCCUCAGUGAUACCUGAUACCCCUCCUCCUCCGCCUCCUCCUCGGCCUUUACCCCCACGACCACAAAUACUGUCCAAUCCCCCUGAGCUUCCCCCAAUAAAGCCAUGCACUCUCCCGGCCAAUGCGUCCAGGCCAGAUAGAUUCGACUGGCUGAUAGCCUUUACCCCAGACACAGAGUCUCCACCACUAGACAUUAAGAGGUCUUCGAAUGAUGCUAUACCCCAAAAAGCAACUGGUCCAAAAGUCACUACCUUUAAAGAAUUGCGAAACAGAAGCAAACAGGCUUUUCCACCAGCCCAAGUCAAACCGGAACCUGAACCAACGGUCAUCACCCCAGACCCAGAUUUCCUGUACAACCUCAAGUGGAGGAGAGAGAAAGCAGACGGGGAUGGCACUCAGUGGGAAUACACUUCCCAAGCACAAGCCACUUUCCUCCAGCCGCCACCUACACCUGCUUCACUGGCCCUCUUCAGGGAAAUGCGCCACUUGAACAUUCAAGGAGAUGCCUCUCUUGGACCCAGCACCAUGCAGCGAAGCGCUCAUUUGGCCAGCAGGCAUGAUUCAUGUGAUUUUGGUGGUGACCGGAAAGGAGAGCAAACCGAGGAAGAUGUGCAGAAGGCAGAGGUGAGAGGAAUGGCCGAUGGUGGACGCACAUGGGAAUCAAGAACAAGAGCGGUCCGUAGCCUGUCCUUCGCUGGUUCUGCGGCUAAAGGGGCGUGGAUGGGCAGUGAUGUGAGACCCCCGCUGAGAGAUGGUGGGCUGUCCUCUCUCUGCCUGCAGGAAAAAAGAGCUCUGGUCAGUGCGGUCAGCGUGGCAGUGGAGGCCAUUCUGGCCCAGUUCAGCUCCUCUAGGACUCUGGUGCAGAAGUUCCACUCAGUAGAAAAGGCUCUCUCUGGAGACAGCAGCGUGAACCCGACGUUGGGCCGGCUGGUGCUGCAGUGUCUUUGUCCUGCGCUGCGCGAUCUCCUCAGUGACGGACUGAAACCUCAUCAGAGUGACCUCAUCGCUGGCAGAAGGCCAAACUCACCCUGGGGUUUAGUUCAGGCCUCCACCAAACCAGGCCCCACCACCCAGGCCCUGUACAGUCUGCAGAUCAAAGUAGCUGCACUCCCUCAGCUAAAGCACAACCGCCACAGGUUCAACUCCUUCCUGCUCGGCCUUCUCAACAUCAAGCGCCUUGAUUUCUGGCUUUCCCAUCUGCAGUCCUGCAGUGAUGUGUUGGAGACGUACUACCGGCCCACCGCCUUCAUGCGUCUUUCGGCCACUUCCUGCCAGCCUCUCUUUGACGAGCUCCUCCUCUUGCUGCAGCCUCUGUCUCUCCUGACCUUCAACCUCGACCUGCUGUUCCAGCACCACCACCUCGACCCCUCUUCUCCUGACCUCACUCCGGCCAGCCACAGCCCGGGGGUGUCCAGACCACCCAACCGGGGCUUCAGCUUCCACCUUCUGCCCACUUACCAGUCUGAGGGCAGCGGUGGGCGUCUGAAGAGCGUCUCCAAGCAAGACCUUAGCGGUUCAGGUGGAUUAAAAGCAAGCGGCUGUCAUUCGAGCACCACAAGCUCUUUCAGUCCAGGCCCCGUUCAAAUCCAGUGCAGACCAGUACCAGCCAUCAAUAAGGGGGAGACAAGCCCCCAGCUGCAGUGGCUGAAGGAGAAGGAGAUAGAAGCACCCCCUAGUGACGGGAACGGGAACAGCCUCGCCGAGCAGGCAGGCCAGGCCCUACAGCAAGGCUGGGGGGCCGUGAUGCGUUGGGGUGAGCGUUUAGGGCAGAAUUUAGGUGGGUUAACAUCCGUCGGCCCCUCAGAAGAAGCUGAAGGGGUUCCCACCGCGGUGAACCCGAAUUCUCACUCCACUUCAGACGCCCAGAGUCCAGGCCAGGAAGGCCUGCCAGCUGACGGUGUUCCUUGGGGUUUUGGCCGGCUGUUUGGAGCCUCCAAAAGCCCAAGUAACCUGCCAUCGAAAAGGCGUCCCUCUCAGUGGCUUUCUCCUGGUAUAACCGUUCUGACCCGUAUGACUGGUGCAGGUCAGGCCUUUCUGCCUGAGAAGAUAGAGCCUGUAAGAAAAGGAGAGAAGGAGAAAGUGAAAAAUGAGGAGAAGGACGAGACUGGAGAUCAGCCAAAACCUCUGAGGGCGGUCAGGACCCUGUGCGAUCACACUGGCACGGGGCCGGAGCUCAGCUUCAGAAAGGGGGAGGAGCUUAUUGUGCUGGGAGGCGUGGACCAAGACUGGAUUCGCUGUCGUCAGGGUGACAAGGAGGGCCUCGUUCCCAUUGGUUAUGCGUCGCUUAUCAUGUGACUUCGAGACUCCUGACUGGACGAUGGGCGGAGCUUAAAGAGAUACACACCAAGCAUCGAGUUGAUAUAGUGAUUAGAAACUGUGUAAAGUGUUCUCACCUCUGUUGCCUGGUUUGUGACGUCUCAGAUGUUUUUCGCAACUCCUAGCAUUCAAUUACACGCAUACAUUACUGUAUAAAUGAUGAAUAUACAUAAAUAUAUAUAUAAAAUUAGAUUCAUACUAUGAGAAAUCAUAAAUUUGACCAAGAUAGAUAGACAGAUAGACAAACAAGAACCGAAACCCAAUUAUCAUUGUGUAGUGAUUCAGUCCACAAUAAAUAGAAUUCAUCUCGUAUUGCAUUAUGAAAUAUCCUAUCCGUUAUUAUAUAGUGUAGCCCAAAUUUCAAGCUUGCUAAUGGAUUGUAAAAGAAAGCAUAUAUACCAAAAUACCAGCUACUUUUGGGGUAAAGAAGCCCCUUGCACUCUAUCUAAAAGUGGCAUCAUGAUUAUAUGCUUUAGAAUAAGAUUAGGGCUGGCCUGAACGGUAUUUUACGGGCUUUGAAUACUUGUUGGUAUUUCUGUAUCUGAAAUACUCAAAUUCAAAAAUAAUUUGAAGUAUGCUUGUUACUGCAGUUCAACACGUGGCCAGUAGGUGGCAGCAGUGUAUUAAUAGUGAUAUCGCAAAGGCCACAAAGAAUGUUGUGCAGUUUGUUGCACUCUGAAGUAAGAGGGCAUGAAUUUAUGCACUGAAUUUAACUAUUAUUUCAUCUAUUUUUAAUAUUUCUGUAUGAUUCAUUCUGCCAUUGUGGUCGACAGUGUAUUAAUGGUGAUGUCUAAUUCAAGUGUAAAGCUCUACAUUGUUAGUAAAGCUGACCGUAACACCACUUAAUAAGGGUUAAUCUUAUCUUGAGCUCAUUUUUGUGGCUUCACCAUGAUGGUAGAAUGACCCCUAAUAUUAACAAUGACCAUUCUAUCAAAAGGCCUUUCCUGAUCACAUUCAUUGGAAUUUAAGCUCCAGUUUUUGUAACAACAAAUACUCAAGUAUUCAAAUGAUUUGGGCCAGCCCUAAUUAAGAUAUGUUGCAUAAAUCCCAAAAAUACAUAGGCACUUCCUUCACUAUAUGGCCAAAAGUAUGGACGCCUGACCACACCGUCAUGAGCUUGUUGGACGUCCCAUUCUAAAACCAUGGGCAUUAAGUGGAGUUGCCCCCAUUUGCGGCGAGAAUGGCCUCCACUCUUCUGGUAAGGCCUUCACUUCCAUUCCACAGUAGUAGCACUUACAGUUGUCUGGGGCAGCUCUAGCAGGGCAGAAAUUUCAUGAAGUGACUUGUGUCAUAGGUGCCGUUCUACUACAGUGCCACGUUUAAAGUCCCUGAGCUCUUCAGUACGACACCUGUUCAGUGUGGCUGAAACACCUGAACUAAUAACUAAAUAAUUAGGAUUGGUGUCCACAUACUUUUGGCCAUGUAGUGUAGAUUAUCCAACAUGUAAUGGCAAGGCUGUUUUCUUAAGCCUAAUUCUAGACCAGAAAGACCCUCUAGUCAAGAAAUCUCAGUAAUUUAGUCUCGGAUUAGAUGUAAUCUGUGCUGUGAGCCGGUUUCUGAGACUCAGACGAACAUUUCCAUAUUUAUUCCGAUUUUAAAAUGACUAAUAUUAAUGCUUUCAGUCCCCCCAUCUCUACCUACCCCAUUAGCCUGAAGAUGUAAAACUACUACUAGUGUCGUUGUUGUUUCUCUCAGUAGUGGCAGUAGAGUACUUUAGUGUGCUAGUGUGCUGACCAUCCUAAUUUGUUAUUGAUUUCCUACAGUGUGUUGACUAGUGUGGUUUAGAUUUUAUCACGUGUAGGCUCGAUAUCAAUGACUAUGCAUAUACCGUACUGUACUAUUCACAAGACUCGUCGCCGGGGUAACCAUAUACGACUGACUGCAUUAUUCAUUUUUAACUGUGUGAAUGCCGAGUCUGGGGUUGUCAUAUUUUAAAGUUGCAUGAACAUAUAUCGACUGAAAUAUCAGUGUGCGUUCACGUCAGCGCGGUCUACUCACAAACCCACCUGCGCAGUGACAGGAGGUGGACUAAAACUAGCUGAUCUAAGCUUAGCAAGCAGCAACGUGCCACCGUUAUACUACAUAUAACCUUAUGCAUCAGCUGAGCUUCCUUAAAGAAAUACUGAAGUCCAUUUCAGCCUAAUGUGUAUCUGCUGCAUCUGUAGUCUAUGGUCAGUUACCACAGACAAUGAUUUCAACACGUCUCCCUGAGAAAACAACAGAAAACCCACUGACUCUAAACUCACUUACAGUAGAAGUCAGUGGGCAGCGCCUGAAUUCUAAAAAAUAAACAUUUAAAAUGACUUCAUCGGUUCUUAUUCAACGUUCCAACACAGUAUAAGAGCAGCUCUGGUUACUUUCACUUUUCCUGAAGUUCUGGUUUCCAUGGCGAUUAGACGGAGCCUGUGAAAACUCCGCCCCUACCACUGUGCAGGAAAUUCUUAAACUAGUCUCAUAUCUGUGGAAGCUCAUUCCGGCCACUUGAAAUCAAAAUCUACCACCUAAUUAUAAUUUUUUUCAGAGUAGAGUGAAAUGCUGUGCCAUUAAUUUGAGAUACUGUCUCAUGAUUUUGAGAUACUAUCUCAUUAUUUUGAGAUAGUAUCUCAUGAUUUUGAGAUACCAUCUCAUUACUUUGAGAUACCAUCUCAUUACUUUGAGAUACUAUCUCAUUACUUUGAGGUGCUUUUUCAUUAUUUUGAGAUACUAUCUCAUGAUUUUGAGAAACUUUCUCAUUAUAUUAGGAUGCUUUCUCAUAAUUUUAAUUUGUUUUCUCAUUAUUUUGGGAUGCUUUAGGCUUUUGAAAUAAUGAAUUGAAAAUUUUAAUAGUAAUAAUUGAAAAAAAUGUACACAUAUAUAUUUGUAUAUACAAAAACAUUAUAUAUAAUGAGACAGUAUCUCAAAAUAAUGACUUAGUAUGGCAAAAUAAUGGCCUAGCAGUCCACUUAAUAAUCAAAAAAUAAUAAUUAGGUGUUGGAUUGUUUUAUUUUAAUUGGUGGGCUUCCAUACACUCCUGGGUAAAAGGUUAGAGACCACCAGGCAACAAACAUAGGUUUAACAGAAAAUGAUGCAGAAGCAUCGAGAGCUGAAUGCAGUGUCACACUUUUCCAGUGUUUGGUGUGUUCGCUUCUUUUUGUCAAAGAAAUCUGCAGGGAUGUUCUUCCACACCAAAGUUCAGUCUUAGAAGUUGGUUGCAUUUUCAACGUCUUACAACACACGUAAUCCCACUGACAGAUUUAGACUUCUAUUAUAAGUGAGUGUUGAGUUUUCUCUUUAGUGUUCAGGGAAAUGUGAAAUUAUUGAAACAUACUGUGUGCAGCGAUCGCCCGUACACUCCAGACACAGCAGACCGAGGUUAAAACCGCUGGUGUUCCUUUAAGGGCUCAGAAAAGUAUAACUGGGAUGCAGCAGAGGAUGGUUAGCCAAGAAGCAGUUGCUGCCACGGUGGCUGAUGCUGAUUGAUGACUUUCUCUGGCCAUCUGUGCUGCUCUGACAUGCUCGUUUGCAUGGAUUUCAGCUUCAUCUCUUUCACGCGCCGCCAAACGCUCAGAUACCGUGCCAGUUUACAGCCUCAGAGAGCCGUGGGCAGCACACACAGCACCAAGCUUUCUCCAGAACUCUCUCUCACCCGCGUGUGGAUGUGUAACUGUAACCUUCCUCUGCCUUUUUCAGGUUUUUUAUUAUAUAGUAGGGGCGUAAAAAUGCACUGAAGGUGGCCAUGCAUUGAUUUUUGAAUGUAAGCACUGAAUAUAAUUGGUUAGAAUAACAUUUAGCAAAUUAUUCGCUUUUAUUUUGGCCAAAAUAAAAGUCUCAGGCUGUUUUCAGUCAUAAAAAUCCCCCAGAAAACCCUAAAAACUUGAUAUCUUGUUUAUAUUGCCUCUACUAUGUAAAUAAUUUUUCCAGUUACAUUUAUGUAGUCAGGGUAUUUUUAAAACUAAUAUUGAAUCGUACCAAAAUAAUCAAACCAAAUCAAAUCGAUUCGAAUUGUGGUGGUCAGAUUUACCCCCCUAGUGUAUAAUCAUUUCAGCAGACACUCCAAGACUUAUGAAAUCAGUUUACAUCUAAAUUCUGCACUGGACGUUUUAGACAUUUAGGGUAAGGACAUGGCACUAUAGAUUAAAGGGGAAGUCCAACAAUUUUUCAAAAUUUCGAUAUAAGUAAAAGUUAAGACGUUAAGUUAUUCAGAGUGGUUUGGUGUGAAAUGCUACGUUAAACUUACAGAGUCAGAAUCGUUCACAGUGGUGGUGAUAGGAACCAGACGUCCACCUCUAAAAGCUCCCUCACAGAAAGUUACUACAUGAAAUGGCUAUGAAUUCACCGCCUGAUGCCUGAGACACUGAUUUACGACAGAUGUGCAAUAAGAGUUGGGCCUUCUUUAAAGUCCAUUCAUGGUGGAGGAAUAAAUAUUAUAAAACUAUAUAACAAUUCUGAGGAUGUGUAGGUUCACUGGUGGUUCUGGAUAGUAAAUGAAAUGGUUAUAUUUGUGUUGUAGUCAUGGCGACCCCUGGUUCCUAUCACCACCACUGUAAAGAGUCUCUACAGUGCACCAUUUGACAACAAACUACUCUGAAUGCCUGUUUACAUCCUUAGGAACUUUGAAAAAAAUGGUGGAAUUCCCCUUUAGAGGAUAAAAUUUGUAUGGAAUAAUUGUGAAUGCAUUGUGUUGUCAUAGUGGAUCCCACAUUUUGAUCAUUGUUACCUCAAAGGGAAAACUGCAAUGAUGUGUGGAAUAUUAUAGGGAUUUCAGGAAUUGCUGGUGUUUUAUAAUUUUCUUGUUUUUAGUCUCAUUGAUAUGCAUCGAUGCGUUUACCCUUGUGAAGCCUUGGUUUGGUGGAACAAAAAAGAGAAAAACAGGUAUAUUAUAGAGUAACAGUAGUGUGGUAUUGUUUUUCUUGUUGAUGAUGCUGAUUUGGCUGUUCUAUCUAUUCCUUUCUUGUCUAUCUCUCUAUCUAUCUGCUGUUGGGUGUGAGCGUGUGAAUGGCUGUGGGGUGUGUGUGUGUGUGUGUGUGUGAGUAUGCCUUUGUGUGGCAGUGGGUUGCGUAGCUCUGUGUGAUUUAGCCCGCCGCUGGUAGCACACUUUAAACGCAUAGUAGCCUGUACUCUGUUCCUGCAGUGUCAUUCUACAGUCAGUCAGUUUCUUGCAUGUGGGUGUUUGUAAAUAUACCCAAUAAAAUAUUAAAAUCCA